UGGAGGGCGCAGUGCCGCCGGUGGCCGCAGAGGGCGCUGCACGCAUGGCAGGCCGGGCUUCCGCGGCCUUCACAUCUUUUUGUCUGAGAGCUGGGUCCUCUGCCGCUCUACAGUCUGCUGGUAGCCUCGGAGCCGCGUCCGCGCCACACUGUCAAACCACUCCAAACGAAUACAACCGCGACCAAAAGCAUUCAUUCUCCACACUGAGCCAUGGCGCCUCCGGUCUGCCGGUAAAUCGGUCGUGUUUCUGACUGUUCGCUGGAACUUAGUCCGGGCUUGAAGCGGGCUCGCUCUCUGUGUGUGCAUCAGUCUUUAUUAGCGAGCUGCCGCUCUUCUUGCUAUCAGCUAUUUCUUUAACUUUUUAAACACUCAGCUUCGCGAAUGACUGAGCGCCGGCGGAGUAUGGGAUCCUUGGUGUCUUAAGAAGCGUCUGAAGUGGGGUUUAACCGUUUUUGCAUGCAAAAACAAUGGCAAAUUCGACGGGGAAAAAUCUACUAGAUCAGCGAAGGAAAGGACAGGCUUUUCUGGACGAGCUGCGGCAAUUUCACCAAAGCAGAGGGUCGCCGUUUAGGAAGAUUCCUAUCGUGGGAGGGAAAGAGCUGGACCUGAAUGCUCUCUAUGUCAGAGUCGUCUCUUUGGGAGGAUUUGCUAAGGUCUCUGACAAAAACCAGUGGAUCGAGCUCGGGGACGAGUUCAACUUUCCACGGAGUUGCUCCAACGCUGCAUUUGCUUUAAAACAGUACUACCUUCGAUACUUGGAGAAGUAUGAGAAAGUCCACCACUUCGGCGAGGAUGAUGAAGAAGCGCAGCCGGGGAAUCCCAAAGUCUCUCUUCCAAUCGGUGCAAUUCCCAGCUCUUACAACUACCAGCAACACAUUGUAUCAGACUAUCUCCGCCAAAGCUAUGGACUGUCCUCAGACUUCGUUCCGCCGUGUGACUACAACAAACUGGUGCUGUCCCUCCUCUCGGGCCUACCCAACGAAGUGGACUUUGCUGUUAACGUUUGCACGCUGCUGUCCAACGAGAGCAAGCACGCCAUGCAGCUGGACAAGGACCCCAAACUGGUCACGCUGCUGCUGGCACACGCCGGUGUCUUUGACGACUCGCUAGCCAGCUUCUCCGCGGUAUUCGGGACGGACUGGAAGGAGAAAACCUCCCGGGACUUUGUCAGGUUCUGGAAAGAGGUGGUGGAGGACGUCGAAGUCCGGGAGCUGAUCUGGGACAAGAACAGCCCAACACAAGUUCUCUUUGCAGAUGGUACGUUGAGCGAGGAGCGCUGGCCGAGCCUCUUCCACCCGCCGCGGAACCAGGGCAUCAAUGACAUGGAGGCCCAGCGGGUCCUGCAGAUUGCCGUUAUCCUGCGGAACCUCUCCUUCGAGGAGGCCAACGUCAAGCUGCUGGCGGCCAACCGAACGUGCCUGCGCUUCCUUUUGCUCUGUGCCCACUGUAACCUCAUCUCACUCCGACAGCUUGGACUCGACACGUUGGGCAACGUGGCUGCCGAGCUCCAGCUGGAUCCCGUUGACUUUCGGACGACUCAUCUGAUUUUUCACACCAUCACCAAAUGUUUGAUGUCCAGGGACAGGUUUCUCAAAAUGAGGGCCAUGGAAAUUCUGGGCAACCUCAGCAAGGCGGAGGACAACGGCGUGCUCAUCUGUGAGUAUGUGGACCAGGACUCGUACAGGGAGGUUAUAAUGCUCCUCACGCUGCCUGACCUCAUGCUCCUCAUGGCCUCCUUGGAGGUCCUCUACCUGCUGGCCCAGCUCGGAGAGAUUCCCUGCAGCAAGAUCGCCUCUGUCGACCAUAGCAUAGACCUGUUGGUGCGGUUAGUAUCGGUUGACCUUCACACGUUUGGACCCGACGCCCUGACGGCGGUGCGACUGAUCGAGCAUCAGGCCAGCGCCGACCAGGCAGCCGAGGUUCGACCACAGCUGGUGGAGCAGGUUCCUGCAGCCGUGCAGGGAGCAGCAGCGCCUGUAACGAGGGUCCAGGUUCAAUCCACUCAACCACCACCUGGUAUUGUGGAACUUGAUGGGGAAAAAUUUACACUGCAGUGGCUAAACGCACACUUUGAGACAAACCCAGAGGGCUCUGUGUCUCGAUCAGAAAUGUACUCUGAGUAUCUGGCCACGUGUAGUAAAAUGGGACGAAGCAACAUCUUGAACUCCACCGGCUUCCUCAAAUGUCUGAGGACCGUGUUUCCCAGCCACACGAUGCGGCGGCAAGAUGAGGGCAAGGCCAAUGGUCAGGUUCACAUUCUCCUGGUUGGGCUGAGGCGCAGGGCCAUCCCGCUGCCCAUCCAGCUGUACUACCAGCAGACCCAGCAGCAGAGUCCGGCAGCAGCUUCAACACCUCCGGCAGCCCGGCACGAGGCUCCUGGUGACCCUCAGGCCCCGCCUCCAGGCUUACCUCUUGGGCCUCCCAGUCUUGGACCCCAGUUUGUCCGGGUGAUGGGCCCCAACCUCAGCUCCGUUGGUGCCGCCCCAUCCGUGGCCUUGACCGCGCAGGAGCCUCCUCAUGCGGGCCACCCAACUGUUUCCCGUCACCCCGUGCCCCUUCAGGCGUCCCCGCAGUUGCCACCAAAUCCUCUGGCGACAGCGCAGCAGCAACCGGUCCGACCCGGUCCAAUGGUCCAGAUACCUACGUCGGCAACGGCCACCCAGAACCACAGCCCCCAGAACCCCCCAGCUCAGCAGCACUCCCCCAUGCUUCCCACGGGGACGCCUGUCACACUAUUUCAGCAGGUACCACAGGGCCACAUCCUCACCGCCAGGGUACACGGCGUGUGCCCUCCGAUCACACAGCACCCGGCCCUGUCUCAAACCUCUCCCCUGUCUGGGCCUCAAGGUGGAGCUCCCCAGACGGAGCCUCACUGUGUUGCUAUGGCAUCGUCACCCUCUUCUUCCAUCCAGUCGGGGGCUGGUCAGGCGUUCAGUAUCGCCGGUGUGACCAAUUCCCAGGGGUCACGUGUCACAUUUCAGAAUAUCGCCCCCAAGCCAGCGCCAAGCCAGUCUGGUGGACCGGCAGCUACAACCAACCAGCAGCCUCAACUACAACAGCAGUCGCAGAGUCUCGUAAUAGUCGGUCCCAACCCCCAACAGAACCCAGCCUACACCCCUGCCAUACACCAGAUCGUUCUUGCCAACCCCUCCGCCAUCCAGGGCGCCCAGACUAUCCAGAUAGCAGGGCAGCCCGGAGCUGCUUCCAGCCCCUGCUCGCCUCCCGCUUCUCAUUCCAACACCCAGGUCCAGCCCAAUCAAACUGUCAGCCACGCACUGUCCAUGAAACGGCACCAACAGCAGCACCAACAGCACCAACAGCAGCCACAGCUCCAGCUUAUAUCCCAAACUCCCCCCACUCAGCCUACCUCCACCGAGUCCAGCUUGAUCAAACAGCUACUGCUUCCAAAGCGAGGACCUUCUACUCCGGGAGGAAAGCUCAUCCUACCCGCUCCACAGGUGCCCCCUCCCAACAGCACGAUGGCACCUAGUCCGCAGGUCAUCUACCAGACGAGCUACAGCCCCCAGAAUCCCUCUCCUCAGCAGCUCAAUGUCCAGUUGGUUCCUGGUCAGCUUCCCUCUGCAGGAGCCCCGGCCCUCCAGACGGUCCAGCUCUUGCCAGGCCAGCUCAUUUCCACAAGUAGCCCAGGGGCAGCUACCAUAAUCCAGGGCCCAACAACAGCUGGACAAGUCACCUUCACCGUGGUCCCCAACACUGGCUUCACCACCUCCACCGCUGCCGUUGUCAGCCAGGGUGCUGUGGCACCAGGAGCCCCCCCUUCUCCUUUCUCUACUGCAUCAGUUCCCCACCACGCCCCUGCGGCUACACCACCACCACCCCCACUGCCAGCUCCCCUCAGAGGAGACAAGAUCAUCUGUCAAAAGGAGGAGGAGGCCAAGGAUGCCACGGGGCUGCACAUCCAUGAGAGGAAGAUAGAGGUGAUGGAGAACUCGUCUUUGGCAGAAGGCGACUCCAACGGUAAAACCAGUAACGGCGAUGUUGCAGCAGGUGCCAAGCUGCUAAAUGGUCGGAAGUGCAUGGAGUCUAAUCUACCUCCAUACCACUCAGGGAACAGCCAGGGGGCACUCAACGGCCCGGCUACGGAGGGCCACCCUGCUAAUGGGAAGCAGGCCCUCUCCCCCAGCCUGAACACCCCACUGGAGGGCAACCCCGACCCCAAAAAGACUCUAGUCAAUGGGGUGUGUGACUUUGAUCGGGUCGAUGGUGGCAGCAACUUAAACAAAAACAUUCCAAAUCACAUUGCUUCCAAACAGUACUUGGGGAACGGGGAGGUGGGCCCUUCUGAGAAGAGUCACGGGUCAGACCCCCUUCUUCCUAGCCCUCCUCCCCCCCAGCAGGACACUGCCAAAGCCCAGCAGGCCGAGCGCCUUGCGAACGGACCCCAGGCAGUAGGCAACAGGCCUCCCUCGGAAUUAACCAACGGACCUUUGGGGCCGGGCCACGGCGUGCCUGCGCUAAGACAGCAACUGCUCCCCAAUUCCACCCUGCCCUCCACUGUAACUGUUACCUCCCAGAGUCCCGCCGCCGCUCCCGCAAACGGAGUGGCCUCCGAGGCCCGGGGCCUCAAACGGCCCGCCGAGAACGAUGACCGCGGCGGGGCGGCAGCGCCCUCGGGGAUCCCCAACAAGGUGGGAGUGCGGAUCAUCACCAUCAGUGACCCCAACAACGCCGGCAGCACCUCCACCAUGGUGGCGGUGCCGGCAGGAACGGACCCAAGCACAGUAGCCAAAGUAGCAAUAGAGAACGCCACUCAGCAGAGGAACUGCUCGCCCACACUGGCAGCUGGCUCGACGCCUACAGUAACCCCGCCCCCUGUAUCCCAGCCUGCUCCAGGCGGUAGCCACAGCCCGCACCUCUCAGCACAGCAAAGCCCUGCAGCGCCGCCCGAGCAGAUCAGGAAAGCAGGGCAGAACUUCAAGUGUCUGUGGCAAUCCUGUAAACGGUGGUUCGAAACGCCGUCGCGGGUGUUUUACCACGCAGCGACUCAACACGGUGGAAAAGGUGUAUACGGAGGGCAUUGUCAGUGGGAGGGGUGUGAACCUUUCCCCCGGCAGAGACUGUCCUUCAUCACACAUCUACAGGACAAGCACUGCUCUCGAGAGGCUUUGCUGGCUGGCCUCAAACUAGAGGAGCAGCAGGCGCAAAGUCCCAAUCAGACUUCUUCCCAGACGCCGCCAGCAGCAGGCAGCACUCCGACACCGCGAGCACCGAAAGCAAUCGUGAAUCACCCGAGCGCAGCUCUCAUGGCCCUUCGCAGAGGCUCUCGAAACCUGGUCUUCAGGGACUUCACUGAUGAGAAAGAGGGACCAGUGACCAAACACAUACGACUAACUGCUGCCUUAACGUUAAAGAACAUCGCCAAGCACUCGGACUGUGGUCGCAUGUUGGUAAAGAGGCAUGAGACGCACCUCUCCGUGCUCGCGCUAAGUAACAUGGAGGUCUCCACCACGCUCGCCAAAUGCCUUUACGAACUGACUCGCUCGCUCCAGGCUUAACGCCUAAACAAGGCCGACCUCGACACCACCCAUCUCCUGAGACGAGAGGAGGAAGCCACCGCCGGUGAGCCGUAGCAGGUCUGCAGGGUGGAGCGCAGGGGCAGGAACCGGAACGAAGACCCCUCCAUCUGCCACGCCUCUCAUCCCUCACCUCCUUCCUCGCCAACCUGUGUUCUAAACCCCCCGCCCUCCCCAAUCAACAAACAGAAACAGAAAAAAAAAACUGCCACGGGGUCUUCCACCAGCUGCCCACCAGGGGGGGCUCUUUAAGACUGCUUCCCCAUGGGACUCUACCAACGAAACCCCAAACAUGAGCACAUUUUGUUCUUUUGUUAUUUUUCCUCUUCGUCCCAUGAACUGAUGUGUGCAUUGGAGUGAGCGGCGGUCGACUGAACAGUACAGAUGGGCGGCGAGAGGGGGGGAGGGGCAGGCUGUAGGUGUCCCACAGGGUUGGGUGGAGGAGGACUCAGCUGGCAACUGGCACAGAUGAUUUUUUUUUUUUUUUUUUUUUCUUUAGAAACUUGGUAGCUUGGUUUUCUUACUUGAGUCAAUAUAUUUUCACUUAUUUAUUAUUGAAAUGAAUACCAUUACAAUUAAUGAAAAAGAAUCUUGUAAAUAUGUUGUGAAUAUAUAUAAAGAAGAUCCUCUUUCAUGCCGAUGCAGCCACUGGAGAACUUGCUCUGUGGAGUAAUAGAAGCAUUACUUUGGUAGAAUUGAAUAAAGUAGUAUGUUUUUUUUGUUUUCGUUUGUUUUUUUUGUUGCUUUUUUUAUGAUCCCUGGUCACUUGUAUCUAAUGUGAUUCUAUACUCAGCAGUGGAUGAAUGUACUUAAAAACCUGUAAAUAAUUCUGCAAAGGUACUGAUGCUGUAAAGCUUAGGGAGGGGGUGAAAACAGUUUUUUGUGGAACUGUGACAUUUUUUGUAUUAUAAUACCUUGUAGAACUCAUUUUGCUGGCUGAAAGAGUAUGGAAUAAUAUAUCUCAUGUCAUUUUGUAGAAAAAAAAAAAUAUUGAAGGUAUUCUCUUCCCUUCCCUCACACGCCCCUCCCCUCAACACACACACACACACACACACACACACACACACACACACACACACACAUACACACACACACAAGUAACAUAUAUCCACUGUAAGCGUUUUGUCAUUGUACGGGCCACAGUGCGCGUACCAAAAUUUUUUUGUAUUUGUAAAUUGGUUUAAAUACAUGGAGUUUUUAUACAGGUUUUCUCCUGUGUUCUUUGCUUUACGUGCAGGUAUGAUAUUUUCUUCACUACUUUUUUCUAUCUUAAUAUAGUGUGGAGUUUUAUUGUACUAUUUUUUCAUUCUUAAUACCAUGCCACAUUCCGGCUCACGUCCUCAGACUGUCCUCUCUACCGUGUGUUGUGUAACAUUUAUGACUGCCUGUCGUAUUAGCAUCUGACCGGGGCGACCCAACCAUCCUCAUUUCUGCGGUGUCAGUAGGAUGUGUGACUAUACAUAGACCUAACAGUCUGUUAGAGAUUGGCUUUAUUUACUUUGGUGACUGUUUAUAGUUUUUAAAUAAAAC